AUGUCGAAAACUAUGAGGAAGCAUUUUACGCAGUUGGAAUUUGCUAAACAGAGAGAAGGAGAACAUUUAUCGGCCUUCGUGGAAAGAUGGAAGAGCGCGAUGGCAAAGAUCGAGCCUUUGGACGAUCGGACCGCAAUCAAUUUAUUGUUAGCAUCCCUCUCAGCGGGGCCACUAUACCAAGACCUCAUUGUACAACCUCCGGAUACGUAUGAUGAGGCUGUUAAGCGGAUGGUUGACCAUGCUACCGCCACGGAAGCAAACAACGCCAAGCGACUACAAGAGUCCGGUCAAGGCUGUAAAGAUCAGAAAAGAUUUCCCGACCAACAGCGAAAAGACCAAGACGGAAACCUGAUCUACACGCCCUUGACCCGACCGAUGGCCGAGGUAUUGGAGUAUGCUCAAGCUUGUCACAUGAUCCAGUUGCCUGCCCCCGCAAGGGACUGCCCGAACAAGAACAAGUACUGCACUUACCACCGGAAUCGAGGGCACGACACCGAGGAGUGCCAUGUUCUGAAGGGUUUAAUAGAAGACCUACUGAGAUCGGGGGAGCUGGCCCAGUUUGCUAAAAAGAAAAAGAAGAAUCGCAGAUCGUGGAAAAAGUUUUUCAAGAAGUCCGAUAAAGAGGGCAAAGGUAAAGAGCCCGACCAAGAUCGAGAACCCCCGCCGCAGGGAGCAAAACAAGUCAUCCAUGUGAUCUUUGGCGGGCCUAAGGGUGGAGACGACCCCGACGAGCGUCGAACCUGGUCUCAAGACCUGCCAGUAUGCUCAAUCGAGUCAAGUCGACCAGGCAAAAGAUUGAAAGAAGAAUCCAUCACGUUCACCGACCAUGAUUUACCACAGGGAGGUGAUAGAUCGGCUUAA